CACUGCCGGACAGAACCCUCGAGCAGGAUCUCCUUUUCUCGCAGGCUGCACCGAGCCGCAGCUGCUUGCAACUUAUGUCUGAUGAGGGAGUUGCAGAGAGGAAGCAACUAAAGCAGAAGUGGGUUCCCUUGAAGAUGGAGCAGCAGCAGCUUCUGCAUCCUAAGUGCUUCUAAUUGCCGGGCGACAGGUGUCUCUGUUGUCCUCGUUCUCGCCCCUCCUUGGAUGUGAGCCUGUGCUCGACUCCCCCGAGAGGGUCCUUUCUUAAAAUGAGUCUGUGGGUCCGGGUGGGGGUCUUAGGCGCUCUAGCUUCCUUCGCGCACAGGAGGCUGAGAGCCCGGGCCGAACCGAGCGGCAAGGGCGGCCAGCACCCUGGCGAAGACCAGCCGGAGCUGAAAUUGGUGCUGGUUCUCUUUCGGCACGGCGCACGCACACCUCUCCGGCCCAUUCCCGAUGUAGCGCAGGUGGAAUGGGAUCCUGCACUCCUGGAGAUUCCUGCUGAAACCAAGCUUGACUAUGCAGUAACUGAUCUAACUGGGGGUCCAAAGCCUUAUUCUCCAUUUGAAGACCAAUAUAGCAAGGUUGUGCUGAAGGGUGGUGUGAUUGCUGGCCAGUUAACCAAAGUGGGCAUGCAGCAGAUGUUUGCCCUGGGGGAACGACUGAGGAAGCAUUACAUUGAAGACAUCCUUUUCCUCUCUCCAGCAUUCAAACCUUCGGAGGUCUUUGUUCGUUCUACUAAUAUCGUUCGAAACUUGGAAUCUACACGAUGUUUGCUGGCUGGGCUCUUCCAACAGCUUGAAAGAAGACCAAAUGAAGAGCUUCUCCUUAUAAACUGCGCUUUGGAGUCACAGAAUUCCUCUUAUCCUAAUCCAUAGAACUAUAGCCGAAGCCUGAAACAGGUGAACAGAGAAAGGAUGGCCACCAUGUCUUUACAGCCAGGCAUUUCUGAUGACCUGAAGACAAUUAAAGAAAAGAUGGGAAUCAACAGCGAGAAACAAGUGGAUUUUUUUGUCCUGUUUGACAACAUAUUUGCAGAACAGGUACACAAUCUGCCUAGCUGCCCUGUUCUGAAGAAUUUUCAGCAAAUAAUUGAGCAAAGGGCCAUUGACUCUCUCCUUUAUGUCACAGGACACAAUUUAAGGGAAACUCUUCAGAUGUCUGUUGGUCCUCUACUUCAUGAACUGCAGAAGAACAUUAGAGAGGCAAUAGAGCCUUCCUCUGUCAACAGCAAGACCAGAAAGCUCAUUCUGUAUGCUGUUCAUGAUGUGACCCUCUUGCCACUAUUGAUGGCUCUCGGGAACUUCAACCAUAAAUGGCCUCCAUAUGCUUCUGAUGUGACACUGGAACUCUAUCAGCUUUCUAGGAACUGGUUUGUACGACUUACCUAUAACGGAGAGGAAUUGACUGCAAGAGGCUGCAGAGCUGGUCUCUGCCCCUUGGAGGAUUUUCUGAAUGCUAUUUCGAGUUAUAGCACAAAUCCCAAGGAAUACAAUCUGCUUUGCUCCAGAUCAGCUGAUACUGUAAAUGAAUAACUAAUUCAUGAUAGUAAAAUUAUAUUCUUACUAUGAGUUCCUAAAAUAUAAUGGGAAAAAAGGCA